AUGCCAAAGAAGGCGAUCGAUGCGCGCAUCCCCGCGCUGAUUCGCAAUGGCAUGAACGAGAAGAAGCGAUCAUUCUUCGUGAUAGUAGGGGACAGGCAGAAGGACGUCAUCGUAAACCUCUAUCAUAUCCUCCUCAACCUCGACAUCAAGCUCAACAAGUCAGUACUGUGGGCGUACAAGAACAAGCUGCUAGGCUUCACGUCGCAUCGCAAGAAGCGGGAAAAGAAGAUCAAGAAAGAGGUGAAGCGAGGAGUCCGAGAUGCAGACACGGAGGACCCCUUUGAGCUGUUCGUCAGCACACAGAAUAUCAGAUAUGUCUACUACAAAGAGACGGAGAAGAUUCUGGGUAACACAUACGGAAUGUGCAUCCUGCAGGACUUUGAAGCUUUGACGCCAAAUCUGCUGGCGAGGACGGUGGAGACGGUGGAAGGAGGAGGUCUCGUGAUCUUGUUGCUGAAGGGGAUGACGAGCUUGAAGCAGCUUUACACAAUGAGCAUGGACAUUCACUCGAGAUAUCGUACAGAAGCGCAUGACGAUGUUGUGGCGAGAUUCAACGAGCGCUUCUUGCUGAGUCUGGGAAGCUGCGACAGCUGUCUGGUUGUGGACGACGAGAUGAAUGUGUUGCCGAUCAGCGGUGGCAAGAACGUGGUGGAGAAGCCAAUUGAGGAGGCGGAGGAAGGAGAGAAGGCAGUGUCGCGAAGAGAACUCGAGACCAUCAAGCAAGACUUGGAGGACACAAAGCCGGUAGGAGAUCUGGUGAAGCUGGCCAAGACCGUUGAUCAAGCGAAAGCGCUGCUCACAUUUGUUGAAGCCAUCGCAGAGAAGACGCUCGCAAGUACAGUCACGCUAACAGCAGGCCGUGGACGAGGAAAGUCGGCAGCUCUUGGUGUCGCGAUAGCAGCAGCGAUCGCGCAUGGCUACAGCAACAUCUUCAUCACAUCACCUUCGCCGGAAAACUUGAAGACACUAUUCGAAUUCGUGUUCAAGGGCUUCGAUGCGCUAGGAUACCUCGAUCACUCCGACUACACCAUUAUCCAAUCCACGAACCCCGACUUCAACAAGGCUAUCGUACGUGUCAACGUGCACAGACAACACCGACAAACGAUCCAAUACAUUCAGCCUCAGGAUGCAUACACUCUUGGUCAAGCAGAGCUGCUAGUCAUCGACGAAGCAGCAGCGAUACCUCUGCCUCUGGUACGAAAGCUGAUGGGGCCCUAUUUAGUGUUCAUGGCAUCGACUAUCAACGGUUACGAAGGCACUGGACGAUCACUAUCGCUCAAGCUCAUGCAACAGCUUCGAGAACAGUCGAGAGGUCCAUCGCGACCAAAGCCGGACGAGAAAGUAGCAGAUCGCUCGAAUGCUUCAAAGGGUGGAAACGAUUACGCUCCACGGUCGUCAAGAUCGUUACGAGAGAUCACACUCCAGGAGCCAAUUCGAUAUGCGCAGGGCGACGGCGUCGAGAAGUGGCUGAACAAGCUGCUGUGCCUGGAUGCAACGCUACCACAGAAGAACAACAUCCAUGGCACACCUCAUCCUUCGCAAUGCGAGCUGUUGCAAGUCAAUCGAGACACCCUCUUCUCCUUCCAUCAGGUUAGUGAGAAGUUCCUGCAAAAGAUGAUGGCACUAUACGUCGCAUCGCAUUACAAGAACACUCCAAACGAUUUGCAGCUCAUGUCAGAUGCACCGGCCCAUCAACUAUUUGUUCUAGUACCGCCUACAUCAGACGACGCAAAUCAGCUUCCUGAGAUUCUCUGUGUGCUACAGGUGGCACUAGAAGGACAGAUCAGCCGUGAAAGUGUGUUGAACAGUCUUUCGAGAGGACAAAGAGCAGGAGGCGAUCUGAUUCCUUGGCUGGUGUCUCAACAAUUUCAGGAUUCAGACUUUGCUGGACUCAGUGGAGCACGUGUCGUACGAAUAGCCACCAACCCCGACUACAGUGGCAUGGGCUAUGGCUCGCGGGCUAUGCAGCUUCUGACCGAGUUCUACGAAGGGAAGCACGUUAAUUUGUCUGAGUCGGAGGAUGUCACAGCGGCUCACGAAGCAGAGAUGGUGAGGGUCACAGACGCCGAGCUGGAGCAAAGUUCACUGCAGACCGACAACAUCAAGGUUCGCGACAUCAGAGCAAUGCCGCCACUCUUUGCUCGUCUUUCUCAACGGAAGCCUGCAGCUCUCGACUACCUCGGUGUCUCGUACGGCUUGACUUCAGACCUGCACAAGUUCUGGAAGCGAUCAGGGUUCGUGCCUGUCUACCUGCGACAGACUGCCAACGAAUUGACUGGUGAGCACUCUUGUGUCAUGCUCCGAACGCUUGAAACGGGUGCAAGUGACCCCAGCUGGCUCGGUGCAUACGCAAAAGACUUCCACAAGCGCUUCCUGUCCCUGCUCAGCUAUCAGUUCCGCUCCUUCGGCGCAGUACAAGCUCUUGCGCUUGACGAAUCAGCCAACAAGGGCAUCGCCCUUCUCGACGACUCCGACAAAGUCUCAGGCAUGAAGAAGCAGGACCUCGACAUCCAAUUCACACCCUUCGACCUCAAGCGUCUCGACUCCUACGCCAACAACAUGCUCGACUAUCACGUUAUCCUUGACCUCAUGCCGAGCAUAGCACAGCUCUACUUCACCGGCCGUAUGCGUGAUGACAACGGCAUUCAGCUGAGUGGUGUACAGAAAGCUCUUCUUUGCGCCAUCGGCCUUCAGCGCAAAGUCAUCGAAGACCUGGAGAAGGAGCUGAACCUAAACGUCUCCCAACUCCUCGCCAUGUUCGUCAAAGUCAUCCGCAAAGUCAGCACGCACUUCCGUCAACUGGAAGAAGGCGCCAUAGAAAAGAGCAUGCCCGCCAUCCAACCCGGCACCGCACCCGAUGAAACUCACUCCAACGGCAUCGACACCGACGCUGGCGCUGCCUUAGCCGCUGACCUACGCGAAGGCGCAGACGAGUUUGAUGAAGAAGAACGCAAGCGGAAUCGAGCUAUGAUCGACUCCCUGCCGUUGGAGAAGUACGCCUACCAAAACGGUGGCGCGGACUGGGAGGCGGCAGAGCAGGCAGUGAAGAAGAAGGGCGAGAAGGCUAGUGGGACGACUGUUAGUGUUAAGACGGGGAAGAAGAGAAAGGCUGGUGAAGGAGAGUUGGCGGAGGUUCAAAAGGAGGCGGAGAGGCUGGGGGAGAAGAGUGGCAAGAAGAGUAAGAGGUGA